AUGGGCCAGACUGCUUCGGUCGAAUCUGGCAGCAAGCCUCAGUUCGAAAAUGAAAAGGAUAUAUUGAUGAGUUACGACAAGCGGGCAAUUAAAUCUGUCACAGCACCGGAGUUGAUUUCCUUUAGAGCCAAUAUUCAAGGGAAAUCCCUAGAAGACACACUUACAAGUGACGAAUUGAUGAAAUUAUUGAGACUGGAGAAUGUGAAUGAAAAUCUCGCCAGCCUUUUGUUCAGUUUCGUCCAAACACUGUCGAAUUUUCCUAUGAUUAAUGACUGUUACGAAAACGUAACGUACGUGGGCGUCUUAAAAAGCUGCGUGCUAUUGAGCAAGGAAAGAUGCGUGAAAUACGUUCAUAACAAAUCUUAUGACGUUACAAAGCUGGUGUAUAUCGCUUUGGCGCUCAAUAAAAACGUUAAAGAACUGGCGCUCACUCCUGCUUCUGAGGAGUCGCUUGAUGUGCCCAAGAUCAUAGCCACUUUCAACAACGUUUGCAUUGAAGAGCUCACAGUGCCGGCAGAUGCAAUGCUGGAGUUCGUGACGCUGAUGUUGCGGUUGUCCAAGUUUGCUUUGACGAAAAACUCAAGACUCGAAAGUGACGUUUCAAAAGGUUGGGAUUCGUUUAAAGUCUUCGCGCUAAACCUAAUAAGAACCAUGAAUCCCUCAAUAGUGACCUCACAGUACACUCUGAGAAGUGUAGUCACAUACGCACAGUUUCAAGCUACCGUUUCGUCCGCAUGUCCAAACUUGCUCUUACCCUUAACAAUUAUGAUGGAGCACGUCUUGUACCUAGAAAGGGAUCUUGUGGACAUCAAUGAUCUUAAUAUUCCAGCUGUGGAGUCCAAACUUGUCACUGAACCGCUGUUGUCACAGCUUGCUACAUUUUGGCCUAAAGAGCUGGUCUUUUCUAGGCUUCAGAAGUUAUAUGUUGGAAGAGAUAGCGGCUUUUCGAUGAGAUCAUUUCAAUCAAAAGUCUUCAAAUGGAUGGCGCCAUCCAUUUUGCUAAUCAACGGAACAAGAAUAUCGGACGACAAGGAGUACGCUAACUCUAAAAAUCAUAGAUUUCAGAAAUUUCUGGACGAUUAUCCACGUUUGAAGGAUGAAGAUCAAGAUAUCCUGCCUCCGUUCACAGGUAAAAAAAAAUUAAUGUUCGCGGUUUACGUCAACCAGCCCUGGAGAAUUACCAACUCGGAGCUAUUUGGUGAUAAUAAAACCACAAUAGUGCAGCUCUCGCCCGUACAAGAAAUUUAUAGAGCUAGCAGGUCUGGCAACAUAUGUUUCAACACGUUGGGUGGCGGGCUUGGAGUAGGGAGCUCUCAACCUGUCGUAAAAAAUUCAAAUGUGAAGUACAUUCCCGGUAACGUCUCUCUUACAAUUGAUUCGAAUUUAGAAUUUGGGGCGUUCAGAAAUGUUGGUCGCGGGGGAAGUAUGAACCCUGGUGUCUUAUUGGAUGGAACCAGCGAGCAUAAGUUUUUGAUACAGGAUAUCGAGGUAUGGGGAUGCGGCGGGGAGAAGGAACUCGAGGAGCAAAUGAAAAACUGGCAAUGGGAAGAAGCCGAAGCUCAGAGAAGACAAAGAAUCAAUCUAAAAAGCAUCAAUGAUGAUAGGGCGUUACUGGAAUUGGCAGGGUUGGUAGGUCAAAAUCAAAGCGGAGGUUCCAUGUAA